GAUCCUGGUUUGUCAGUGGAUCCCGGGAGUCUGUGUCGGGGGAGGGCUGCCGUUGAGCCCGCCGCCGCCUCGCCCUGAACUGUUAGACCCCACGCUGCCCCGAGAGGCACGAGAGAAACGAGCGUGCCCGGGACGGUGCUCGGGGCCAGCGUUUCCGGGAAGCCCGGGCGGUGACAGUGGGAGACCGGAGUCUGGCUCCACCGCCGGCCGGCGGGAGUAAGACACGAGCCCGGAACAAGUCCCUGAGCUGCGCCGGGCCUCGCCGUCCACACCUGCCAAUUCCCUGCACCUCUCAGCCCCUGGCCAGGUGUCAGCCCCUGGCCUCCUUUUCAACGCCUGCCACUUAAUGAGCAGCACCAGCAAUAAGAGGGCUCCAACCACAGCAACCCAGAGGCUGAAGCAGGACUACCUUCGCAUUAAGAAAGACCCAGUGCCCUACAUCUGUGCCGAGCCCCUCCCUUCGAAUAUUCUGGAGUGGCACUAUGUCGUCCGAGGCCCAGAGAUGACCCCUUACGAAGGUGGCUAUUAUCACGGAAAACUAAUUUUUCCCAGAGAAUUUCCUUUCAAACCUCCUAGUAUUUAUAUGAUAACUCCCAAUGGAAGAUUUAAGUGCAACACCAGGCUGUGUCUUUCUAUCACGGAUUUCCACCCGGACACGUGGAACCCAGCCUGGUCUGUCUCCACCAUCCUGACCGGGCUCCUGAGCUUCAUGGUGGAGAAGGGCCCCACCCUGGGCAGUAUAGAGACGUCGGACUUCACGAAAAGACAACUGGCAGCGCAGAGUUUAGCGUUUAAUUUGAAAGAUAAAGUCUUUUGUGAAUUAUUUCCUGAAGUUGUGGAGGUAAGAAAGAGAAAGUCGGAAAUGGGUUUCGCCUUCCCCUGUGUUAAAACACUUCAGUUUCACCUCUUUCCAAAGAGUAAAAUCUGGGUCCUGAAGCUGCAGACCUCCUCAGGGUAUGGCUCCUCUCCCCCAGGAGCCCCGAGGCGGGGGAGGCAGAAGGCCUGGGCCCUGGGGGGUGGCCUGCGGACAGCUGUGCUGGUGGGCGGGGAGCUGGGCCUUUUCCACUCGUGGGCCUGA